AAACUUCUCUUCUAAUUUGGCUGUACCUUCGUGUAACACCAAGAGUUUUCCUUCUAGGUUGGCACAAUUUUCCAUGAGCUUUCCUUCUAGGUUGGCAAAAUUUUCCACUAGCCUAUUUUCUAACUUGGCUGAGUUUUCUGAAAGAUCGCCACAAUUUUCCAAGAGCUUUCCUGCUAGGUUGGCACAAUUUUCCACGACCUUGUUUUCUAACUUGGUAGAAAGGAUUUGCAGCAUUAAACCAAUAUCCCCUGCACCGGUAAAAAUGAAAAUGUCCGGGUCCUCACCUUCCUUAAUCAGUGCUUGACGAAGCCGCAAUUCUGCUUUCUUUCCAGCCGUGUCGCACUCUCUGUCCUCCAGCUCUUUCUUUAAAUCGGCAAUUUUCUAACCAAC